AUGGGGCUUUUUACUUGUGUCUUUAACAGGCUUAUUCCCUUCUAUCUGUGUGUGUGCUGCCGCCGCCAUCGGGACAUUUUUUACCACCAGUGAUAAUUAAAAUACGAGGUCGAAGUCGAGUGAAAGACCAUCGAAAUACUGUCGACACACAGGGACCGUUUAAACCACUUCUAUAGAGACAGUUAAGAUAACAAAAUACACAAAAAGCUGAAGAUUGCUUGUUACAACUGAGGAUUCUUUGAAAAGAUGGCCAACAGAGGAGCAGCCCAACGCCCAAAUGGUGCCACACAAGGCAAAAUAUGUCAGUUUAAAUUAGUUCUCCUUGGAGAGUCAGCUGUGGGCAAGUCAAGUUUGGUUUUGCGCUUUGUAAAAGGGCAGUUUCAUGAGUAUCAAGAGAGUACGAUAGGAGCUGCCUUCCUGACUCAGACAGUUUGUCUUGAUGAUACUACAGUAAAGUUUGAAAUUUGGGACACAGCUGGACAAGAACGAUAUCACAGUCUUGCUCCAAUGUACUACAGAGGAGCCCAAGCUGCAAUUGUGGUCUACGAUAUAACAAAUCAGGAUACUUUUAGUCGAGCUAAAUCUUGGGUAAAGGAAUUGCAGCGACAAGCCAGUCCAAAUAUUGUUAUAGCUUUAGCAGGGAACAAGGCUGAUCUUGCAAACAAACGAAUGGUAGAAAAUGAGGAGGCACAAGCUUAUGCAGAUGAAAAUAGUUUGUUAUUCAUGGAAACAUCGGCCAAAACUGCAAUGAAUGUCAAUGAAAUAUUCCUUGCUAUUGCAAAGAAAUUGCCAAAGAAUGAGACUGGAGGUACUUCGCAACAGAGACAACAGGGACUGACGCUGAAUAACGACCAAAACCAACAGACUAAGGUCGGAUGCUGCAAUUAAUGUAGUGUCACAUUGUUGUUUGUAUUGGUCAGUCAGUGGCUGAGAGCGAAUGAAAGAGUGGACAAAGUUAUGUGUGCGGGGGUAAAAAAAAAAAAAAAAAUUAUUAAAAAAUGACGACUCAGCCAGCGAGUCACUCAAAAAUGUCACUGCAAUGGAAGACCUUUAAUUAAUUAAUUAAAAAGAAGAAAAAAAGCAACAACACACACAAGAAAAAAAUUAUAUACA